CUCACCCUUCAGUGUCUGGCAGCCCCUUCUGCGUUAAGGUAAGAACACACACUAACACCCACACCCACACUCACACACUCAUGAUCAGAUGUGAUGUUCUCUAUUAAGACCUCUUUUCUAUUUUUGAGCGUUUUCUCACUUCAGAUGAGCGCUGCUGUUUGUGUUGUUGUUUGAAGCUUUGAGGCCUUUCAGUGACGCUGCUGCUCUCAGGCCUGACAGGCUCCCAGGCAGCUGUCGCUCUGCCUAAAAUAGACCUGCUGGAAGGCCUCAUAUCACACAUACAUACACACACACACACACACACACACACACACAUGACUAUCCACUACAAUAUGUGAGUGGGUCUUGUCCAUUUUGAUAUGUUCCACUUUUUACUGCUUUAAUUUCUCAAAGGUUUUCUGGUCGUAUUUGACUAUAAAUCACAACAAAUACAGUUAUUUACCUUUAUUUUUUCCCCCUCAGUCCCACAGGUUAAGUUUUUUGAUGUAGUUUAAUGGCUUUCAUUUCUUUUUUCUCUUCCUAUAAUAUUCUCUGACACGUUAAAAGAGACGCGAGUGUAAAAACACAAAUAUAACCUUGAAAUCUUUUCAAUCAGGCAACCCUUUUAGAUCCUGACAGCGCACACAUUCCCUGUCUCUGAGUAUGAUCCUCUGAGCUCAGAAACAUUUCUCUGAAUCUGAAACAGUCAGUCAUACAUCUAUGUUUAAGUUCCGAGGCACUGCAGCUCUAAUUUUUCCUUCUUAGGCUUUUUCCCCUAAACUAUAAUAUCCACCUGUCAAGCCAUUAACUGGCCUCUUAUGUGCUUCAUGCCUGUCAGCUCUGUUCCUUUCUUUUGUCGGGGUUUGUUCUUUUCUUUCUCUGGGUCCUGUUUCAGGCCACUUUUUCAUAUUUCCUGCUGUGCAAACAACACCAAUGACACUUCAGAAAAUGGUAGAUUUUCUCUUUCAGAACAAAUUCAUACUGUGUGUUGGUGUAAGUGUUUUCAAAGUGCUUUAUUUCUACUGAAAGGAAAUCAAACCCUGUCAUUGGUAGGAUGGAUUUCUUUCAUUAUUUCAGCUGAUUUGAACCUGCUGAAGCUGAACUGUUGAGUUAAAAACUUUUUUAUUCCUUACCACUCUAGAAAAAAGUGUCAGAGUCUGAUAAAAUCCCAACAAUUAAACAUUAAUUAAGUUUUCAUUUUGAAUGUUUUCGAAGGUUGCCUUAUUGGUCGCCAUGGCGUCAGCAAAUGAGAGCGGGGAACCAGGUGAUCAGGCGGUCCCUGAUGGAGAAGAGAAGGAGAGUACAGUCCAGGGGAUCCAGUCCCGCUACCUUCGCUGUCCUUCACCCAGGUAGGACUAACCUAAGCUUGUUUAAGUUUCCUGAUUUUCUCUGUGGAUUUUAUGGUUUUUUCAGAUCUCAUCUACAACUUAACAUCAAAUUAAUUCACAUUAUCUGUCACUACACGCAAAAAUACACACUUUUUAUGUCUUCAAACUUGGAUUAGGUGUAUUUAGUUUUGUCUUUCUUUUUUCUUUCCUUUUCAAACAUUUACUUCCUCUUUGAAUCAGUUUCUCAUUGGCAUCAGAGUCAAGGUUCUCCAUGAUUUCUGGGUCAGAUGCAGCAAGCAUCUUCAUGGAGCCGAUCCACCUUUCAUCAGCCAUCGCUGCCAAGAAGAUCAUCAAUGAGGGUGAGACAAGAUCAGAGCUUGAGUUGGAGAUAUCAGCAGAGAUCAGAUUGGUUCAGGGUGCGCAAAGAUUUCAUGAAACUCAUCAUCUGUGUUUGGAAUAAUGAUCCCACAUUCAACAAGACAGAUUUGGUCAAGCACUCUUCAAUUUCAGCGAGUGCAUGUUGAAUUUCCUCGGCUCAUUACAGGAAGCAGAGACACAGACGCUCUCGCUGGAGGUGCAGAGUCGAGCUGAUUGAGUAAAUUAGCUUCAUACGACUCAUCACAAAGACGCUCCUGUAUCACAUUUCUCCCUCCUCUGACAUUACAUUACAUUAAAUCAGCUCCAUCUGAAGGGAGGACAAGUAAUGUAGUGUGACAGAUAGACUCAAAAAGAGUUUUUUUUUCAAGGUUCGUUACCUGAGAGAUUGUAAAAAGUUCUCAGGUACAUGCUCAGUCUGUAAACUUUUCACAUUAACCUUGAUAUACAUGCAAAGUUGUGUAAAUGCAGACAAAUACACUAUAAUGUGAAAGAGAAAUCAUCACCACAAAACUCAUGAGUAGAUUUAGGCAGUUAAAGGGAUAUUUCAGUGUAAAAUUUAUUUAGGGUCAAACACACUGUAACACCGAGUUAGACACCCCCUUGAGAGAUGAAUGUUGCCGACCGCUUGCUUCUCUAGUUAAACCAACUUUAGUAACGACCGCAGGAUAGCAAUACACAGCGGUCUGAGGAGCCAUAAACAAACCUCAACCAAAACGCCACUCUAUAGCCACAAAUAAUGCUCAGAACAGCACCUAACUUCAUCAACAGGACAUAUAGGGUCCCAGCCAUAGUACUAGCCACCAAACAUCUUUUUAGCUUUGCCUGAUUUCUUUAGCAAAGAGACUAAACACAACUCACCUACUCUCUUCCAGCAGCCACUGGAAAUACAACCAGACUGAGAUGCUAAGGCAGAAGAACUAUCACGUCUGCAGUGCAAAAUGAUUAAUAUGAUGAUUAUUACUUCAAGGAAAUGAUAAAGUAAUGAUCAUAGUUGUUCUUCCUUGAGCUGCGGCACCCCGCUGUAGUCCGUAAUGGACUGGCCUGAGGGCUCGCUACAAACAAGUGGCUGUUGGAAGAGAGUAGGUGAGUUGUGUUUAGUCUUUUUGCUAAAGAAAUCAGGCAAAGUUAAAAAGAUGUUUGGUGGCUAGUACUAUGUUUGGGACCCUAUAUGUACUGUUGAUGAAGUUAGGUGUUGUUCUGAGCAUUAUUUGUGGCUAUAGAGUGGCGUUUUCGUUGAGCGCAUGGCUCUCUGUAUUGCUAUCCUGCGGUCAUUACUAAAGUUGGUGUAACUAGAAAAGCAAGCGUUCGGCAACAUUCAUCUCUCGAGGGGGUGUCUAACUCAGUGUUGUGGUGUGUUUGGCCCUUAAUCAAUUUUAUGCCGGAAUAUCAAUUUAAAACAUACAAUUUAUAACCUGAAACUUGGAGAAGUUCUUAUCAAAAUGGUCCAGAGUGUUUUAGCCCAGUUCCUCCUUGUCUAACUGUCUUUUUAGGAUUUCUGGUCCAGUUUCUACCCAAGUAGGUACAGUACCUGUUGUUGAAUCUUGCCUCUCACACUGAUCCUGGUCUUUCGUUUUCUAUAUGAUGAUUUCAAAUUUCCAAGAAUUCCUUUCAGGGUUUUAAAGCAACAAAAAAUGAAGUGAAAUCUAACAUCAGCUUGUGUGUUUUAUUUUAGAGCUUCCUCCACGAGGGGUACGCACAGAGUCAAUCCCAGAAUCCAUGCUGGAGACAGCUGAGCAGAUGAUGGUGGAAGACCUUUAUAACAGGGUCAGGGACAUGAUUGACGACCGCAGCCCCUACAACACCCCCUGCGUGCUGGACAUUCAGAGAGCCUUAAUACAGGACCGCUUGGAAGCUCCCAUCAACCCUGUGGACGAGGUGUGGCCCAACAUUUUCAUUGCUGAGAAGUGAGUCCAAACACAGCAAACUAAAAAGUUCAGUAGAGAGCUGGAGGUCCAAAGGAAGUCACUCUUUGUCAAAACUGAGGAGAAAACUCGUGUGUCUUCUUUCAGUGAUUUCCUUCCUCCCCUGGCAUUACGGACAUAAUUAUGGGUCUAACAAAUUAAGUCUAAUUUUUAAUUUGCCCCUUCUGAGACAUGAGUGUUGUUAAUAGUGGAGUUGUUUUGGAGUAGCCAGAGGAGACAGAGAUAAAUUGAUUUUCUGUUGUAUUUGAUUAGUUCCUCUUAAGUACCAAACAAUCUCAGCUUUCUCUCCUGAAAUGGCCUUCGACUUGUUUGACCGAAACUCAAGACCCACUCUCUGUCCUGUCAUAGAACUCCGAACAUCUAUCAUCCCAUUACAAAUAAACCAUUUGAAAUGAGCCGGUUUUUCCAUUUUUUUCAGAGUCAAAGGGCCCAUCUUUAUCAGGGCAUUCAACUCUUCUCAAUCCAACUUUAUAGUGAAGAAAACAUGGGAUUAUAUGAGCUGAUUUAAAGAGCAGAUUGAGACCAUGUUUUUAAGGUGGAACUAUGAACUCUGUUUGCAAGUUUAGGAAGCUGAAAAUGUGGUGUAAUUUGUUUUUUAAUGGGGUUUUAAUAAUAACCAAAAGCAGGAGAUAAAAUUCAACAUUUACUUUUCAUUUUAACUGUUUGUUUUUUCCCCCUAGAUCCAUUGCGGUAAACAAAGCUCGUCUGAAACGAAUGGGCAUCACCCACAUCCUGAACACAGCUCAUGGCACUGGAGUCUACACAGGCCAGUCGUUCUAUACCAGCAUGAACAUCCAGUACAUGGGCAUCGAGGUGGAUGACUUCCCCGAUGCCGACAUCUCAGUUCACUUUCGUCCCACCGCUGAAUUCUUGGAUGAGGCUCUGCUGACCCACAAAGGUGAGAGAUGUCUGUUUAGUUGGUCUUCAGUCAUUAUCCGUGGCAACGUACUGAUGAGAUGUUGAUUGCACUGAUUUGUUUACAGAUCCUUAAGGGCAUAGUCCGGCGUAAAAUUAAUUUAGGAUUAAACACACCAUAACACCGAGUUAGACACCCCCUCGAGAGAUGAAUGUUGCCGACCACUUACUUCUCUAGUUAUACCAACUUUAGUAUCGACCGCACGAUAGCAGUACACAGCGGUCUGAGGAGCCAUAAACAAACCUCAACUAAAACGCCACUCUAUUGCCACAAAUAAUGCUCAGAACGGCGCCUAACUUCAUCAACAGUACAUAUAGGGUCCCAGCCAUAGUACUAGCCACCAAACAUCUUUUUAACUUUGACUAAUUUCUUUAGCAAAGAGACUAAACACAAUUCACCUACUCUCUUCCAGCAGCUGCUUGUUUGUAGCGAGACCUCAGGCCAGUCCAUUAUGGACUGCAGCGGGGUGACGCAGCUCAAGGAAGAACAUUUAUGAUCAUUUCUUCAUAGAAAUACAAUCAGACUGAGACACUAAGGUAGAAGAAGUACCGCGUCUGCAGUGCAAAAUGACCAAUAUGGUGAUUCAAUCAAUCAAUCAAUCAAAUUUUAUUUAUAUAGCACUUUACAAUAUCCCAAAUGGUACCCAAAGUGCUUUACAUAAAAGCAAUAAAAUAACACAAGAAAAAAUACCAUUAUAAAAUAAUACAAUAGAAUAGAAUAAUACAAGAACGAUGAAAUAAUAAAAAUGAAUAUGAAAAUAAAAUAAUACAAUAAAAUACUAUGUAGAAGUGCUAAAAACCUAUAAGUACAGGACUACCUAGUCAGAGUUAAAAGCAAGUCUAAAUAGGUGCGUCUUUAACUUUGAUUUAAAUAAGCUGAGGUCAGUGGUGGUGCGUACAUCUAGCGGCAGUCUGUUCCACAGCCUAGGAGCUGCAACAGCAAAAGAACGAUCACCCCACUGUUUGAGUUUUGACCUCGGGACCUCCAACAGGCGCUGACCGGAGGAACGGAGGGCCCUGCCAUGAUCGCGAACAGUUAAAAUCUCUGACAGGUAGGAGGGGGCCAGGCCAUUUAUGGCAUAAAAAGUAAAUAAUAAAAGUUUAAAGUCAAUUCUAAAACAAACUGGAAGCCAGUGUAGCGAAGACAGCACAGGGGUGAUGUGUUCACGCCUAGACGUGCCCGUUAAAAAUCGUGCAGCAGCGUUCUGUACAAGCUGGAGACGGGAGAUUAAAGACUGGCUGAGGCCAACAUAAAGGGCAUUACAAUAGUCCAGUCUGAUUAUUACCUCAAGGAAAUGAUAAAGAAAUGAUGAUGGUCAAAUAAAGUUAUUAAACGGGUCUACAAUGAUCAAUGAUCUCAUUGUGGUGCUUCAGCUCCACAUGUCAUGGAGCUUUAUUCUCAAAUUUAAUUCAGUGUUUACCCCACAGGAGAAAAAAAGACACAUUAAUAUCAGCUGAUGCAGCCAAAGGAAUAUUUUAAUCUGUUUGUCCUCCAGGGUGAGGCUUCAAUAAAAGAUUGGACACCGGAAACAUCCCCUUACUUACGCCACAACACAGAUUCUCAGAAAUGUUUUGUGGACCACACAGAGGAGCUCUGUUCCCCCUGGAGGGAGGUCAUGUAACACUCACAUUAUCGGACGUUUUCAUUCAUUGUAAAUGCGACUGAUUCACAAAGUGUUUUCCUGAAGGCGUCAGCUGGUCACUGCAGUCUCCUGUGACUUGGGUAAUGACUCAAACCCGCUGGUAGUUAUUUCUUUCUCAACAAUCACAGUCAAAGCCCGGACAAUCAAUUCAUGGACCUGCUUUAUCACCUGAUUGUAGUACAUUAUAAAAUAAGACUGCUGAAACCCACUCAGCCUCAAAGGCAGGAAAAGUGUUUGAACCGUCAAACAAUGUUGUUAUGUAGUUUUUUUCUAAACCUGCACUCUCCAAUUUAAACCGGAGGAUUAUGUAAGUCGGUAAAGUCUGACUAAUGGAUAAAAGUAUUGUGACGAAAAAAUAUCAGUACUUGUAGUCCUUGAUGGGAUGUUGUAUCAAAGUGUUUGUGGCGUUUGGUGUAUUUUGAGGACCCAGAAGCAGACACACCACAGUGUUAAGAGCACAAAGAGAGCUGUUUCAGGGUCUGAGGCUGAAGUGACACUCAGGACUUUAAUGGAAAAGCAUGUUUUGAUUGAGAUGUUGUCCUUUUCAUCUGCAGAGUGCAAAGAUGUUAGGUAGUCUCAUCUACAAUAGAAAUAAAGAGCACACAAUGGUAGUUUUGCUCAGGCGGAUGCAGUUUCAUGGAUUAUCCACUUAUGUCGACCAAAGUUAUCAUAAAAACCACAACAGGAAAAAAAAGGAUUUGAACUGUGUCAAUCAAACAGAAAAAGCAAAAGAAGAAAGAUCUGCAAGGACCUCAUAAAAACAAAAAACACUCUUUCUAAUCAGCUUUAAAGUCCCACUCUGGUUGUUUUUUUUACUACUUAAAGUGUUCUCAGUGGUCUUUAAACUACGAUUGUGAAGUUUUAAAACAAAAUUGCAUUACCUGUGUCAUUUUCAGGGGUUUUUCUUUUGUAGAACUCCAGUAGAUCAUUAGCAAUUCACCUCUGAGUCGUGGGCGGAGACAGCGCUGCUCUGAAGCACUGCACUCCUCUUCACGUUAGCUUGUAGCCUAACUUCGCCGGUGUAGUAAAAGAAGCAGGUAACAUAAGAGCGAUUCAGCUCUCAGACACUAAUGGCUUUGGGGACACGAUUAAAGUUAAUGUCAAAAUUAGCUUUCUUACGAACAUUUCAAUCCGCUGUUGCAGACGCUUGAUCCACAAUCGUCCACUGUAUUUCUCAGAGUCUGGCCUGUGUAGUGAGGCUCUGGAGGCGGAGCUUGGAUUGGUUACGUAGGAAAUCUCAUUGUAUCUGAUCUUGCUGUUUGGGUCUGCUAGAAAUUCACAGUGAUUGGGAAUGCAGAAAUACUCAACAAUGCAAUUUCACACUUAGUUUUCUCAUGAUAUGUCCUGUAGCAUCAGAAAAUGCCAUAUGAACAUGUAGACAAGAAGAAAAACGUGAUUUUUAUCGGAGUGGCUCUUUAAUACGACCAAACAAUCUCUUACCUGCAGAUGAACGCUCCUACAAUCUGAUUUGUCUCUUGCAGGAAAGGUCCUUGUGGUCUCCAUGAUGGGCGUCAGUCGGUCCGCUGUCUUGGUUGCGUCCUACCUGAUGAUCUUCCAGCACAUGACCAUCAUGGAGGCCCUCACCUCCAUGAGGAAGAAACGCGCCAUCAACCCCAACGAAGGCUUCUUGAAGCAGCUGCGAGAACUCAAUGAGAACCUGAUGGAGGAACGUGACGACGACGACGACACGCUAAGCCAGUGCUCUGUGAUAGAUGCACGUACACGCGCUCGCAUCUUUGGUGAAGGCGGGAAUGAUGAUGACGACGAUGAUGAUGACACUGACAAAGAGGAGGAGCAGAGUAUGGUCGAGGUGAAGGCGCACUCCAUCAUGAUGGAAGAGGAGGAGGACGGAGAGAGUGUGAUGAGCAGCGUUGCCUCUUCGGCGGCUGCUGCGGCACUCAAGAGUGGAUUGAUCGGAGCUCAAAAUGGGCUGGACAAAAAUGCAUCGACCACUGCUCAAGAAGAAAUCACUCUACCUGGGCAGGAAGGAGGAGAAGACAGUGACGAUGAAGAUGGCCUUGGUAGCAUGAUCCGAGAGUGGCAGCAGAAGAAUGAGAAAUAUCAGAGCGAUGAGUGGUGGGAGGCACAGCUGGACAGCGAUGGCGAGGAUGGGGAGUCUCUGACUGAAGGCCAGUUGAAGAAGAAGACAAAGGAAGGUGUUGAUGCGGAUGUGGAGAGUGUCACUAGUGAGGAUGUCAGAGCUGUAAAAGAGCGGUUAAAGCGGCGAAACAGACGUCCACCUUCAGAUGCAAUGUCCACCUCCAGCUGCACAAGUUACUCUGAUCUUUGGAAACAGCGAUUAAAGGAAAUCGAGGAACAAGCUGCUGCUCGCUACCACAAGAAAGAAGAAGACAAAGACAGUGAGAGCUCCACGACAGAGGGCGGAGUAGGAGUGAAGAAGAUCGAUGACGAAGUUGCAAGUAUCCUCUCUGACACCAGCUCCAUGUACAACUUCUGCCAGAAAAACAGGGACAAGAUGACGCCUUUGGAGCGAUGGCGUGUCAAGAGGAUCCAGUUCGGCUGGAACAAGAAAGAUCGGGAGGAUGGAGAGAAAAGCUCGGUAGGAGAUGGAGAAAAAGGUGAUGGAGAAGGAGAAGCUAGGACACCAUCCUUCGAGGAUGUCAACUUGACCGCUUAUCAGUCAUGGAAACUGAGGCAGCAGAGGCGAUACGGGGAGGAAAAUCCUGAUGAGAUUUUGGAGAUGAGUCGGGGUGAGGACUCUGCAACCGCCAAACGGAGGCAAAGAAGGGAGGAGCUUCUGGAGCGCUCAAAGAAAACUCUGGAGGAGAGUCAGUCGAUGUGCGGUUGGGAGACGGAGAGCUCCAUCAGUGGAGGAACAAUACCUCUCUCUGCUUUCUGGGCUGGAGCCGGAGUCACGGGUCCUCCAAGCGUUGCCAAUGAUGACAACAUGUCCAUGCUUAGUGGAAGAUCAUCUGUCAUAUCUUCAGUUUCCCAGCCUCGCAGCACGAGAUCUGCACUGUCAGCUGUCCCGGUUCAUCCCAUGCAGCCAGUUCCUCCUAUUGUCCCCGUUCCAACUGUUCAAGGCCCUGGAGGUGAGCCGAUGGUGAAUCUAUCAAGCAUCCAAAACUGGAUCGCUAACGUCGUCUCUGAAACCAUCAAACAGAAGCAAAGUGAGAUGAGUCUUCCUCCCCCGUCGCGUGCUGGAUCUGAGAUGAACUUCGGGGGUGCAGCAAGCAUGAUUUCAGGCCGUGGGUUAGACGAUGACAAAGCUUCCUUGCUGAGUGGUGCUUCCUAUUCUACAGCUUUGUCGCAGGGUCGUGGCAGAGCGGCGUCCGUCCUCUCUGCGGGCGGGUCAAGCAACAUUUCUGGUCUCACUGGAAGAGGCUCUGGCCUGGGAUCCACACUCGGUUCCACUCUGGGCUCCAAGAAGACCAAGAUCACCACCACAAGCGUCCCCCUUUUCAGCCUUUUCCAAGACCAGGUCAACAUGGGUAAAUUGGACGCCAUGGACAAGGAGAUCAAGUCUGAGAUGAGGGAAAAGAUGGCAACCUAUGAAAAGAAGAAGAUCCUGGAAGACAACAAGCGCAGCACCCUCUACAAGAAAAAAAAACCCAAGGAGGAUGAAGACGAGGAGGAGGUGGAGGAGAGGAAGAAGAAAGAGGAGGAGUUUUUAGAAGAGGCGAAGAAGAAGGAGAAACCUGCGAGGAGUUAUGGCCUCUCUGGGUGCCUGAAUCUCAACCCUGCUCUGGAGAAAGAUAAGAACACCAGCAUCGAUGACUGGCUGAAGAGCGUCAGACCUCCUCCAAGGACUCCAGCCUCCGGGUCAGGAGCUGGUCCGUCAGAAGAUCCAUACGAUGAUCUAGAUGCUUCUGCUUCUGAAUUCGACUUCUCUAGCCGCAGGGCCUCAUAUUCAGUCGAUGAAGAUGAUGAGGAGACUUAUGGCGUCAACUCAAGACACAGGUCAAGGUUACAUGAGGACCUAUCAAACGAGGACUCUGAGUACUCCUGCAACGGGUUCACACAAUCCCACAGCUACAGGCGAGCGGGGAGGUCUUACAGCGCCUACGACGAGGUCGACAACGGUACAGACAGCUAUGGCGACCUCACUACAAAGAGGAAGUUUGCCCACAACUCAGGACAUGAGAACAGUGAGACAGAAGGAAGGAGGAGCAGGAGGGAGGAAGCUUACGAAGAGGAAGAGGAUGACAUUGCUGCCUUCAUCGCCCAAACCAGACAGAGGGCCAGAGCUCGGGCUGCCGUCGAGACCGAAGACGACGAAGUGUUGGCCGCCUGGAGGGCUCAGCUGGAAGCAAAAUCACAGAGUAGGAGUGAAUCAUAGAGGUAGGGAGUUUAGUGGAAAAUUUGUGUUUAUUCUCUAUGGAUGAAGGUUCAGAAAGCACCUCCUUCGAUCACUGUGGACUUUUAAUUCAAACAAUCGGUUUCACGAAAAAAAGCUAAAACAACCUACUGCACAAAAACAUGAUUUUGUGGUUUAAAAGUUUAUGUAAUUCACUGUUGUUCAGGAAAAACACAUCAGAUGCUGCCAUCUUUGUUGCCAAAAGCAGGUAAUACUUUCUGAAGAUUGUAAGUUAGAUUAUUUGAAGAAAGAACCAUUCAUUGUUUAUGAAUUAAGAUGCACUUUGCCUUUUCAUUAUGCAUCAUACCUUGAUAGAGGACUUGUAUUGUUAAUAAGGAGUUAAAUUAUAUGUUGUUAAUUCCAAUAUUUGGGCUUUGGCUGCACCACUGAAUGUAAAACUGAUUGUAAAACAAAUGUAGUACAUAUUUACAUAAAAGAUGUCUCAUGAAAACAAAUCAAAUCCCAUUUUUACUUUUGAUUUUUUUUUAACCAAG